UCAUGUGAUGUUUCCAUUGUCAAGAUGGCUGACAGGGGGAGACAUGGAGAUGCAGUGUUUUUCAUUUAUGAUCACAACAUGUUGAAGAAGGAAGAGGAUGAUUUAAAAGAUGCCAUACUUUUCUUUACCCCUGACAGUUACAGCAUAGAAGACCAGUGUGCUCUUUGUGGACAGUUGAUGGGCAUUUCUGAGUUCCUGAAAGCAACAAUUAGCAGAUCUGCGCCACAUAUCUUCAGGUUUGAGCAUGACAAGUUUGCAUUGAAGAGAACUGGGGCAUAUACAUUUGUUCUUAAAGGUGGGAGUUUCACACCAGACUCCUUGUUGUACACACAGUUAUCCUCCUUGUAUGAGACAUUUAUCACAUAUCACGGCAGUAUAGACAGUCUUAAACUGAGGUGUAAAGAGUCAACAGUAGGGUUUCUACAAGAAUUGAGUAAUAUAUGGAGAACCAUUCUACAGGUGUCAAACGUUUUCCAGAGAUACAAUCUAGAGCAAACAUUCCAAUCUCUUCCAUAUAUUCAACUUCCAAAGAGUGGAUCUCACCUGUUUCUACAAGCUUCUCAUCUGCUACAGUCAAGUCAGAGAAGACCGUAUGUUUUAGCUGGAACUAUAUUAUACAAGAAUGGAGUUCUAAGUACACAACUUCCACCCAAGUUAACAAAACAUUUGAUCUACCUUCGUAAUCAGAUGCCGCAUAUAGUCAGAAAAACAGACUGUGAGUUACCAGUAGGGUGCAGAAUCAUUACAGUAUUUCUCACAGAUGAAGAACUUUCAGAAAUUUCACCACUUGAUUCACUGUCCAGGCAUCACUGUAAAGUUACAGACUUUAGUGUAAGCCGUCAAAGUGACGAAAAUGAUGAUAUCAAACUAUCAGCAAAGUCUUACAGACAAUCCAAGUCCUCACCAAAAAGGAGAUUAACAUGCCCUAACUUAUCUCUGUCAAACUCAGUCCCUCAAAAAGCAUUACAUUCCUAUAUAACAAACGGACAAAGAAAAGUGUACCCAUCAAAACAAGAGUCUGUGACAGUAGACAAUUACUCUUGGUCUAAUAAAUCUAAGUUGUCACUUUCUCAUGUACCCAUUGUUGAAUGUAAGACAGGUGAGUCACCAGUAGAAAGUGAUGUCGAAAUUUUAUAUGCAAGAGCUAAAGAAUCCCAUUUUGGUGAAAGUUACAGGCAAAUUUCCAGGGCAACUAGUUGUGAAAAUGAACAAUCAGAAACAGAUUCUGAGAAUGAUGAGGAUGAAGUUUUAAGUGUUGCUGACCCUCCAAAUGAUGCUCAAAACUCUGGUCAUAGUGACACAGAGACAAAAGUUGGAAUUAAAAAAGAACUACAUUCAAAAAUUCUAGAAAUUCAAACUAAAACUCUAGGGGAAGCAGUUAAUUCUAAAAUGUGUGGUUCUCAGGAAACAGAUAUAGGGGCUGAAAAUAUUAAAAUUGGGAAUAGAAGUGGUUCAAAACCAUUGGAAUCUGGCCAGGACAUUGAAAACAUUUCAACUGUGGUGAAUAUAUCAACUCAGUCUAAAACUGAUUCACAGGCAAAGUUGGAAGGUAAAAAAUCUGAAAAGUUUGAACCUAUAGAUCUGCUUGAUGCUUCUAAAGUUAACGAACAAACUGGUGUUUUAAAAGGAAACUCAGACUCAGUAUUAAAGAGGAGAAAACACUCAAAAGUUGAUAAAAGUGAAGAAAAUCCGUCAAUAAGUGAUCUUGAUGAAGAUACAGAUGAUGAAAUGAAAGAGACUCCAUCAGAUGCUGAUAGCUUCACUGUAAAAUCUCCUUUAACUUUGAAAUCUAAUGACAUUGAAGACAAGGAUGUUAAAGAACAUGGUAUAGAAAAUAAAUUACAUCCUAAUAUGUCAGAUGAAACCUCAGUAGAGGAAAGUACGGGAGCAAAUCAGACAGAAAUAGCUUUAUCUAACUCAUCCUCAGAAGUUGUCAAAUCAAGAUUCUAUGAUUGUAUGUCAGAUACUGAAACAAAAACACUGAAGAAAGGUUCCGACCAUGCUAUACACCAGCAUACUGUUGACGUCCAUGUACGCAUUCCUGGUGUACACCAUUCUAAUAGCCAUGAACAAAUUUCUGAUAUCCAAAAACAGAAUUCUGAUGUAUCAGAGAGUGAAAAUGGUGUUGAAACAGCUUCCUAUCUUGGAGGUAAAGAUAAUGACCAUAAUUUUAGGAAAGGUGAGAAAGAACAUGUUGAAACUGAGGCUAAAGUGGACCAUGUUAUUCUUAAGGGUACAUUUGGAACAAGAGAACAAUCAAAUAUUUUGAAUGAGCAAAAAGGAAAUAACUCUGUUACUGACUCCUAUAGUGAGAGAAAACCAACUGAAAAAGAUAAAGGUGAAAAUACUACAUUAGAAAACAGUGAUGAUAGAAAAGAAAAUAUAGAUCCCAUAAGAACAUUUCAUGAUACAAAUAGAUAUGAAUCAGAGAUUGAAACUGAGGAUGAAAGUGUUACCAUAGCAACUAUAGAACCAUGUAUAAACUGCCUAGAAUUAUUAAGUAAACAACCUGAGCAUAGAGGGGCAGUAAGAUGCAGUCAUUGUAUCGCUCGGUUCAACAAAGAGAAGAUGUUUGGUGCUAACGGAAAUGAUCAAGAAAUUAUAGAUUUUGGUGGAAGAAUUAGAGAUAGAUACGAAUCUGGGACUGAGACUGAGGGACAAGCGGAUGUGUUGGAAGAGAGGAGAGGAUCUGGGCAGGCUGCAAGUCUAUUUUCCUCAUUGAGCAGUGAUAUGUCUACAGAUAGCACUAUAUCUCGGUACUGGACUCAUGAAAUGGAAGGGCUUAAUGAUGUUACACUGUACGUUCAAUGUCACUCAGAUAUCUCACUGUUGUUGUUGAUGGAAAACCCAGAACAAUAUGAGGAGAGUCUUUUCCAUUCCUUGUGGAAAGGUUCCCUAGCGCAUCUGGCAGAUCUAGACUUUUACAUCAAGGAAUGUAUGGAGAGUUCUGAUGAUGAUGACAAUAGAGAUUCUUACAGAUAUCUUAAAUAUGAUAUGUUUGCAGCUGAUCUCAGAGGUACAAUUGAAGAUCCUGGAACUGACAGGAAAAACAACAAUCUCCAACAGAUGUUGGCUUCCCUUCACACAGAAUUUCAACAAGAGGAAUGUCUCUCUGAUGUAUUGCUCAGGUCUCACUUCAACAGCUGUUAUGGUCACUCAAAUCAAGUAGAGGAAGCAUACUUCCAGUCUGAUCUACAGCAGAAACUCUCAUCUGGAUUUCCCAUUCCUAGAGAUCCUGUGUUCAACCUAGACACUGUUGCACGUCAACAGCUGGCAAAGGAUAGACAUCUUUCUCUUCUAUGAAGAUAACAAAUUUUUAAAAGUGAAGACAGAUCAAAAAGUGCCAUUUUAGGUUAGUUAUGCCAGGGCAUUGAAAAAAUGACUAGCCUUCAAGGUUGCAAAAUUUUCUGGAACUCAGUUAAAUGGAUGAACUAAUGUUAUAGAUCAAUCAAAAGUAUACUGCGUUUGUUAACCAAUGAAAGCAUUUUAUUCUGGGAUUGAAUUCAAGAUAAGAGUUCAAAAUUGUUUUAUAAUCUUGCCACCAGAGACAUUGAUUUGAUCUUCAGUCAGUGUUCCCUGCAUGUACAGUGUUCAUCAAAGAAUUAUGUGUAAAGUAAUUCUCCAUGUCUGUUUGUUAAGCACACAAUCACAAAUACCAGAGGAAAACAUUUUUCCUGUAUUACGGCAUCUAAUCUGUUGUUAGGUCCACUGUUUGAAUAACAAAAGUUUCAUGUGAUUUCUUUUUAAAUAUAUCCAAUCACCAUCUUUCUCUUAAAUAUUUUAUCUUUAGAUAUUUUGUUCAAAUGUAAAAAAUCCUCAUCAGAUGUAUUUAAUUUUACUAAAUACAUCAAUCAGUUGUUUAUGUAGAGCUACAUUCAUGAUUAACUGUCAUGCAGUAAAAGACAAUUUUUUUAGUAGCAGAACACAUAUACUGUGUUUAGAUAUACGUGUAUACAGUGUGUACUAUUUUAAACCUAAUGCAUGGUAUGGUUAAUACACAUAAACUUGUUAUGCCCCCGAAGGGAGGCAUAUUAGUUUUCAACUGUCCGUCCGUUCGUUUGUUAGUUCGUUAGUCACAAGGUUAACUUUUUGCAUGAAGGCACUUUACUCGCGAACCACUGCACCCAGGACCUUCAAACUUCACAUGCUGAUAGUACUUAUUGCGUACACCACCCCUACUGACUUUGGGGUUACCAGGUCAAAGGUCAAGGACACAGGGGCCAAUGUUAACUUUUUGCAUGAAGGCAUUUUACUCGCAAACCACUGCACCCAGGACCUUCAAACUUCACAUGCUGAUAGUACUUAUUGAGUACACCACCCCUCCUGACUUUGGGGUCACCAGGUCAAAGGUCAAGGUUACAGGCGCCAACGUUAACUUUUUGCAUGAAGGCACUUUACUUGCGAACCACUCUACCCAGGACCUUUAAACUUCACAUGCUGAUAAUACUGAUUGAGUACACCACCCCUACUGACUUUGGGGUCACCAGGUCAAAGGUCAAGGUCACAGGAGCCAACGUUAACUUUUUGCAUGAAGGCACUUUACUCGCAAACCACUGCACCCAGGACCUUCACAUGCUGAUAGUAUUUAUUGAGUACACGACCCCUCCUGACUUUGGGGUCACCAGGUCAAGGUCACAGGAGCCAACGUUAACUUUUUGCAUAAAGGCACUUGACUCGCGAACCACUGCACUCAGGACCUUCAAACUUCACAUGCUGAUAGUACUUAUUGAGUACACCACCCCUACUGACUUUGGGGUCACCAGGUCAAAGGUCAAGGUCACAGGGGCCAACGUUAACUUUUUGCAUGAAGGCACUUUACUCGCGAACCACUUCACCCAGGACUUUCAAACUUCACAUGCUGAUAGUACUUAUUGAGUACACCACCCCUACUGACUUUUGGGUCACCAGGUCAAAGGUCAAGGUGCUGCGGGGGCAUUUGUCACCAUUAGUGACAGCUCUUGUUAAUUUUAUGUUUACAUAAAACUAUAUGUAUAGGUCAGUAGUUACUGUUCAUGUUUUCAAAUAUGAAAUCUGGAUCUAGUAUACCUUUAAAUAUUAGAUAAUACGAUUGAUAUUGCAUGUACACUGUACAGCGGGUUUUAUUCACGUUGGUUUAAUUUUCGCUAUAUUCGCGGUCAACACUGACAGCACGAAAUCUAAACACCGCGAUUUUUUGCUACUGAGAAUAUACACAUUUCACCAAGGAAGACCACUCAAUUACAAACUUUACUCAUCAGCAUUACUGACUUUGUCUUUUGUUACUUUACAUUGUGUGCGUCAAAUUGCAAUUUACUGUGUCAGUGCGUGCGGGGGUACAUUCACCACCUUCAGUGAUGGCUCUAGUUUUAUAUAAAUUUACUAAUAUUUUGAAGAAAGAAAUAUGAAAAAUCCUAAAUUUUAUGAUACUAAUAAAAGAUCGAUUAUAUUCUUUAACCGAGAUAAAACUGCAAACAACAAAACUGACACGAGGCAUCACGCUAAUUGCCGAUAAUUACUGGCCAUUUCAUCUUUAAAGUUCAACAGAUCUAACAAAGGACGAUCAUUCCAUUUGUUAUCGGUUUGAAUUGAGAAGUUUAUGUCAUUUUGGAAAAAUGCCAUUCCGAGAUAUUGAAAAUUGCUUUCAAUUCAUUCAUAAAAAUAUAUACAUUUUAAAAAAGAAACAUCAAAUAGGACAAUAUUUUAUUGGUUUUAUGUUCAAGAAAACAAAAAUCGAUAGUUCAGUGAGACCAAUUCCGCUCUACGCAAAGGAGGUAAUUUAUUAUCGUGUUGAUGUAAAUCCUACUUUCGUUUUCAAUUAACCUCAAAAUUUGCGUAUUUAUUAUUAUUUGCAUGUCCAGUAAGAGUGACUGCCCUUUCUGUUGUUUACAACCAAGGUUUAUAAUUCGCGGUCAAAGUAGUUUCCACGAAAUUAAGACACCUUGAAUUCAAAACUCUUCAAAAAACACAAACAUUUAGCACCGUGAAUAUAACCCGCUAUACAGUAUAUCAUUCUAAAGGCAUUCUAUAGAUGUGAUAAUAGAAGAUUUUUUAUUUUUAAUAUGUCUCAAUUAGUUAUGAAUUUAUAGUCAAAAAAUGAUUUUGAUCAGGUAUUUUGAAGAAACUACUUUCCAAACUUGAUUAUUUAAACUGUGGUAAAUGAGAAAGUUUCUUAGAUGAUGUCAGACUGUCCAACAAUUCAGUCCAUGCCAUUUUCUGAACUGUUUAUCAAUCACACUUUUUGAACUUCUAGUUUUAAAUACAAAUUACAGUGUUCUUUAAGAUGGUUUGAGAUGUCAAUAUGAUGUAUUAUGAAUGUGUUUUGGAACGGUACACUUUAUUAUGAAUUAUUUUUGAAUGCAGUUUUUGUGGAAAAGAUCACAUAUACUUACCACCAGUGUGAAGUUUAACAUGAGAAACCUCGAGCAGGUCUAAAAAUAGUGAUUAACUUACCUUGCAUUUAUAAAUAUUCAUAAAUACAUUUGCAUACCUGUUUUCAAGAGGGGUCUCAAGACGUUUCAGGGUACUUCCAGCCAUAAGAAUGGAAGAUAAUGACAUAAACGUCUUUCUUUAAGGUACAUGAAUUAUGUUUUUUAUUAGCCUAAUGCUUGAGCUAAAAACUGCCGAUAUAAAGAGUUGUGAGUUGUGGAUAAAUGCUGUCCUCGAUUAUUUUUACACUUAUUUUAUGCUUUUCAAUGAAAUAGUGAAAUAAAGUUGACAUUUUCACUGUUUCAAAGCACGAAAAAUAUCUUUUUUACUUUUCGCUGGUACGGCUCUACACUCAAAUGCGGAAGAAUAUGAAUUAUGAAUAAUUGGAAAUUAAUUGUAAAAUAUGCUUCAAUAAAUAUAUAGAUGUGUAUAAAUACCAAUACAAACAUAAUACUAUACGCUCCUUCAUAUUAAAAUGUAAAAGAAACCAUUAACUUCUUAAAACUAUGUGACAAGUUUUCAACACAGUUAUCGUGAUGUCCUGGCAUUGUGACAUUGUGGUAAAAUUGGUAUAUUUUGAUUAAAACAGUUGAAAAUACUUAAAGAGAAAAUUUGUUUGUUUCAGGGUAAGAUUGAUAUAAAUUUCUCAUGAGAACACCGUAAUUUACAUUUUCACUCUUGGCUGCACCACUCCUGAAAAUAUUGCACAUGAUGUCUACUUAGUGAAAUAUAUUUUAAUCUUACAUCGAAACAAACAAUUUUCCUCUAUGUAUCUAACAUGAUUUGUGCUCUUUCUGUUUUACUUACAACGGGUUUUACAAUUUCUGACAGAGAACAAAGUCAAGGAACGCUACUACUAAUAUACUAUUUACUAUAUAUUAUACUAUUUUUUCUGCCAAGAGUUCAGAAUAGUGCUUUCAUUUAUUUAUUAUUAUUAUUGCUUAAAAUUGAUAAUUAGCUUUUGGUAAAAUUUUAUAACUGUAUCCAUGUAGUGCAAUAUUUGAUGCAUUUUAUGUCCUUGUUUCCAAGAAAUGGGGUACCUUUUUUGUUUUGUGUCAAUCUGUUGGUCCAUCCGUUAGUCCUUAGACACUUUGGUUUUCAAUUAAAAGCUAGAGAAUAUUUUGACUUAUAAUGGUGUGGGCAUGUAUUUUACAAACAGCUCUUGUUUCAGUAUACAAUAUACAUGUAUUUUGAAAAUGUAACAUUAUUUUACUUUGAAAGCUAUGUUGAAGUAUGUUUUAUUUAUUAUGAUUAAGUUAAAAAGGAGAUUUUUAUUAGUUGUAUUAUUUCGUAUGUUACAUUUUAUUUAUUUAUUUAUUUAGGCAUUUAUAUACAGAUGUAGAUCAAUGUUAAAACCUUUAAAGAAUAAAAUAUUAAGUUGGCA